ACCAUUCUUUUAAUUUCAAGUAGAAGAAAAAGGGAGGAAUAAAAAUAGUACAUUAACUUACGCUUGUAGGGAGAAGUUAUUCUUAAAGCUUUGCAAGAAAAAAAACACUGGUAAAUUAAUUAAUUUUUAUAUUUUUUGUAUCUCGUGAAGAACUUUCCAAAAAUAUCGCUAAUCCGCUUGGCGUCGUUUUGAGUAUUUCGCAGCCAGCGACAAACGGUCCUACGUAUCACUAAAAAAGUGUAAGUUUUUCAGCCGUGGAUAUCUCUAGGUUUUUGUGCAAAUUCCGGAUUGAAAAUAGUGCAGAGACUCGCUCCAAGGAUCCGGCUAUCGUCCUGACUGGGAGAGACAACGGCUGCAGUGGCCGCUGGCCCCUAAAAGGAGCCUGGAAAACGACGCAUGAGGCGAAUUGCAAACCAGAUGAUAGAGUAGCGUGCCAGUGAGAGCGAGCGAGAGAGUCCGAUUGGAGAGGUGUUGUUGGUGUGAGGGGCGAGGGUGAGCCGAGAGCGGAGAGGAAGAGGAGGCCAGAGUAGACACAAAAACUCCGAUUGCGAGCAGCAGCUCUCUCGCCCAUUUUCCGGUCCCCAAUUUCGUGUUGUUUCGCAGCCCUCUUCAGACGACAACGGCGAGGAUGGCGGAGGAGGUGCCGCCAGAUGCAGAUGCCGCAGCAUCCUCCUUUGGGGAAGAUGUGGGCGCCUCGGUGAUCGUGGAAGCAGGUGCCACCGGCGGCACACUCACACUGCCCGCGUCGGCCAUGAAGUUCGCCGAUUUUACGGAAAGCGGCAGCGAGUCCGGUGACAACGAGGGGGGCGGUGGCACCGGGGAGCCCGGAACCAGUGCCGCUGCCACAGGGGCACGCUCCUCGCCGCCGCCCAAUUGCGCCAUCUGCCUGUCGCGAUGUCACAGAAAAUGCUUCACCGACUCCUGCAUGCAUCAGUUCUGCUUCAAGUGCCUCUGCGAGUGGAGCAAGAUCAAGGCCGAAUGCCCACUGUGCAAACAGCGCUUCAAGACCAUCAUCCAUAAUGUGCGCACCCUGGACGACUACGACCGCUACCCGGUGCAGACCUCUUCGCCUUCGCAGCCCGAUCAUCCGGCGAUGCGCUUCCACAUUGUCCGGCGUCCCAGAUUCAUGCCGCUGGUCCAGAAUCAGGCCGUGAUGACCAAUGACAUUGAGGCAGGCAUUGGUGCCGGGAGCGGCGCAGCUGGAGCAGCGGGAGGAGUACUGGCCGCAGAGGAAGUCCUACCGGCUGUGGAGGCUUCAGGUGGCCGUCACACCUACAAUCGUUUUGAGCCGUAUCGCUGGGAGCUGAUGAACUUCUACCGACACGAACCGGAUGCAGCCACCGCUGGCAGCAGCUCCCUGAUUCAGCUGUGGCGGCGCUAUGUCUACGAUAGGAAGCUAUAUGCCCUGCCAGUGAGCGACAGCCUGACGGGACACUUUCGCGAAUGGAGCGCCCGCUUUUACAGAAACAAUCCCGCCCAGAUGCAUCGCUUGAUGCCUUGGAUUCACCGAGACAUUGUCUGCCUGUUGCGGAAUGCCGCCCACAGCGUGGGCACCGUGAUGCAGCUGAUGCACGACAUUCUGCCGAUGACCAAUAUCCUGGGACCCACAUUCCGUCGCCACCUGUCGCCCUAUUUGGGCGACCGAACAAGCCAUUUCAUCCACGAGCUGUUCAACUUUGCCCGUUCCCCCUUCGAUAUGAUCGGCUACGACCAUGUCGUUCAGUACUCGGCUCGGGUGGCCGAGGAGGUGGAAGUGGAUCUGCUGGACAUGGUGGAGACACAAUCCUCCAACGAAAGUGAUCUACAUUUGGAGGUGGGCGACGGCGUAGAUGGCGAAGCGCCAAGUACCGAAGCGUCUAAUGAAUGGAGCACCACCAAUGGAGGAGCAGGAUCUGGAGCAGGACGUCCAUCAACCAGUGUGAUAGUGACCAAUCCCAGUGCAACGCAUUCGUUUAGUGUGACUAUGGCCAGUGAUGGCACCGAGCAUCCGGGUAUCUCCAUACGCCGCUCCGCCACCACCUCCAAUGUGGGGUCGCAAACAGUGGCCAUUAACCUGAGUAUGCGACGUCCAGCGCCGGCCGGCGGCGAGGCGACGCCAGCUGAGAUCAUUGAGAUCGAUGACGGCGACGCCGCUGCCAAUGCCGAGGUGGCAGCCAUCAAUGACGGAAGCAAUUCCAGUCGACGCCAUGCCGGCGCCACCCUCCCCGUUAGUGCCCACAUCGAACUGCAGAGCAGCAGCAGCAGCUCUGGCGAGGAAGACGAGUGCGUGUUUGUCCUCGAGCUCAAGCCACCACAUCUGAGAACUCCCGAGCAAGUAAGUCUUGAUUCAGACAGUGACUCAGACGUGGUUUUCGUCAAUGAGCAAAACGACGCCGCUGUCGAUCCCUCGACAGUUAACCCGAGUAAUCCCGAGGAUCAGGCUGGGAUUGAUCCGGCAACUAUGUCGUCAGUGGACCAGACGUCGCGUCUGUUCAUGGGACCCAGCACAAGUGCAGCGGCCACCAGGGGCAAGAACUGGAAGCUGGUGAUGGCCGAGGUCCGGCGUCAAGAUCAAAUGCGCACCACGCGCUCCACACGCUCAAAGAGAUCGCGACAGCAACGUUCCUCCAUUCCCGCCCGGUGUGCCAGUGCCAGCAGCAGCGAAAGCAGCUCAUCCUUUGGCUGGACCACUAGCAGCGAUGAGGAAAGCAGCAGCGACAGCAGUUCCUUCAAUCCUUCAGCGUCCACUAAGAAAAAGAAACGCAAGGCAGUGGCCACCCGGAAAGUCUUAGGCAAAUCUCCGAGGAAAAAAGGAAAAUCUAGACGUCAGGCAGCGGAAACUUUAAGGGUUGGGACACCAGCAGAGGCUGCGGCACAUCAGCAAGAAGACAAAGAGCAGCAGCAGAGCAGCAGUGAUAGCUGUAGUUCGUGUGCUGACGAAUCAGCUGGCGAAAGCUCCGAGUCGUCGGGUGCACAGUUUCCCGGCCGCAACAAUAAUAAUACCAGCAGUGAUGAUUCGGAUGAUGACAGCACUGAGAAUUUGCAGCUAAGCGCCUUGCGAGCUACUCUCAAGGCGGAGGCAACUCUGGAGGAUCGCAAACCCCUCAAGCUCGAGCUGCAAAUGCCCGACGAGAAUGAUGAUGAUGACGACGACGACGAAGAGGCGGACCACAAGGAGCAGCAAUCCCAGACCCAGCAGCCGAAGGAAGAGGAGCAGGAGCAGCAACAGCAGCAGGAGGAUCCGCCGCCGGAACUUCCGACGCCUGAUGAGGCGCAGCCUCCAACGCCGCCAGAAGAUACCGACGCGCCAGGUUGCAGUGCCCCCAAGCGGCGGCGCAGCUGCAGCAAUCACAGCAAUCUGUCCAGCCAGAGUGCCAGCUUGGCCAGCAGUUCCACGACAACUACAACGAGUUCGGGGCCACUUAGUUCGUUCAAUUGGCGAGCUGCUAGCUACGGCAGCGAUCCCCUGAUGCGCGAGGCUCUGCCGUUAGAGGAUGAGGACGAUAUGGCGCCAUCCCUGAUAGACGUGGCCCUCAACUUUUUACGUCAUGAGCGAACUGGUGGUUAUGCCCUGGAAUCUGAGUCUGCGUUGAAUGCGGCCGAGGCCGAAGGGGAAACUGCCGAGGAUACGGCUACGGCUGAUGAAGACGAGGAAGAAGAUGAAAACGGGGACGAGGAUGCGGAAGAGGACGACGAGGAGGAGGAGGAGGAGGAAGAAGAAAAUGCAGGGGAAGGCAGAGAAUUGGCAGAGAAUAUUAAUGAUAACCACAACGACGACGAAGACGAAGAUGAUGAUUAUCUGUAGGAGUAGGUGCAUGAGGAGGAUCUUUUAACUUUGUAAUUUCAAAUAUAGUUCCCUGGUUUCCGUCUCGUCGCGUUCCAAUUCCUGAAUCCAAAAAAAA